CCGUAAAGAGGAGGGCCUGGAAAGUAGCAUCCUUUGCGAGUGGUAAAAGGUCUGCUGGCCGGCCUCCGAAAACGGACGCCGAUCCCAACGCCGUCUCCCAAGCACCAACCAUGCUCAUGGUCUUGCCCUUUCUCAUUGACAGGAGCGCAUGCACACGUCCGUCCAUCGCGCAUGCACGCACCAUCCUACACCUGCGCUGUCGCAGACACAGACACAUACGCCUACAGACAGACGCACAUACACACACAUGGAGAUGGUGACGGGAGGUAAUUUAGUGAGCAAUGUAGAGAAGGCUGAGAGAAGGAAAGCUAUGUGGUUGUUCUCAUGGUUGGACAGCGUAACGAGGGAGUGUAGCGAAUGGAAUAUGGCAGCAUAGGRCAGCGUAGCGAAGGAGGGCGAGCGCUGCUGAUCGACGAUACACAGACACACACACAMUGGUAAUCGUGUGAUCAGUCGGUGGAACGCCGACGAAGCAGCGUCGGAGAGGGGGGCCGAAGGAUAGUGUAAGCAAUGUACGGAGGGGGGCCGGCAGGGUCGGAGAGGACGAAGAGGCCAGGGUCAUGGAAGGAAGUUUGCGGUAUGCUGCGCAUCAUGCUGGUGGUAGUCGCUGGAUCGGCUGGGGUUCAUCUUCUCUGCUUCCACGUUCUUUCUGGUGACGACGCCUCCUCCGUCGUCACUCCCUCUCGAUGGUCGGAGCAAAGCCUUUCGUCGGUCUCCCCAAGUUGGCGACGCAACCUUGCUCGUUCGAAGACUCCCAAGGUUCUGAUGGUCUCCGCAAGCCAGGCGUUGUGUGGAACGCGUCUUGGUGAUAACGACAUCAUGAAGUCGUUGAAGAACAAGGCUGAUUACGCUCGGCGCGCAGGGAUGGACACAUGGUUCUCUCUGGAGUUGCUUGUCGAGGGAGGCAACCAUCGAUUCCGCAACAAGGUCCUUCUUCUCCGUCACCUGAUGCGCUCUCAGCCUAGCUACGAUUGGUUCAUCUGGAUCGAUUCCGACACUAUGAUUCUCGACAUGGACUUUCGAAUUCCGUGGCAGGAGUACAAUGGCUACAGCCUGGUUAUGUGGGGCGACGGACCGAGUCUCGAUUUCGACCCGCAUUAUACCAGAUCGCUUAACACAGGGGUCAUGUUCGUGCGGAACGACGACAUCUCUCGGGAGUUUUUCGAUACCAUGGUUGAUCUAUGGGAUAGCCAUCCUAAUCAGACGGAGGUCUAUUUGAAGGUGAAGAAGGUUCUGCCGGAGAUGCCACCUUAUCUCUGCGAUCAAGGGAGCGCCAUCUACAUGCUCAUGACACAGAAGGAUCGAUGGCUGCCACGUGUCUAUCUCGAAGAGAGGUACCACAUCAACCGAUACUGGAAGGACGAGGCGGAUAAUCUGGACAAGUACAUGGAGCAGCGUGAAACGUGGCGGAACGAUGGAAACCAACCACCUUUCAUCAUGCACUUCUGCGGAUGCGCGCUUUGCUACAUGAAGUUCUCUGUGGAUUUUGACGAGUGCCAGCGUCAGCACGACCGAGCUUUCAACUUCGCCGACAACCAGAUCAUCAGAGAUUUCGGGUUUAUGCAUCGGAACCUCUCGUCAUCGGAGGUGGUCCCCAUCAUCAGAUGACGAAGACCAUCAACUAGACAACAGCAAGUUUGUUCGGAUAUGCUUUGUUUGUUCGUUUAGCACAUUUGUUAGUAUUUCAUUACUAUUCCUCCUCAGAGUCUUUCCUCCGUCUCCUCCUUCCUACACACCUUCACUUUACUAUUCCUCUUCCGUUCACUCCACCGCCUCCUUGCUUAGCCCUUUUGCCCUUCUUCUUCGUCUUCUUCGUCUUCUUCUUCUCUUUCUACAGUCAUAUGCGACCAUAAAAUUUUGAGAAUUAUGAUCUCCCUUCUUCUUCCUCCUCCUCCUCUCACGUGCAAGCAUGUGUGAUGAAGACAUUGUUGCAUCACUCCGAGAGCUCGCGAUUGGCCUCUCUAUUCUCAAUUCAGGUCUUCUUCUUCUUCUUCUUCUUCUUCUUCUUCUUCUUCUUCUUCUUCUUCUUCUUCUUCUUCGUUCUUUUCCACUGAAAAAUGGAGCAUAUACAUGCGACCAUACGAGUGGGAGAAGUAUAGUUUUUCCUUGUCAUCGUCGUCGUCCUCCUCCUCGUCUUUCUCCUUUCUUUCGUUCCCUCUGAAGAUGUCUGAGUCUGACAUCAUAGGACAUCGUUCUGAUGGACUAUUCGAACGAGGGGGUCUGUUUCUACGAUCCCAUGACAUGGCCUUGCGAAUGCCCUGAUGAUUUCUCCCCUCCUCUUUUUCUCCUUGUUUUCUCUUCUUUUUUCCUUUUUUUUUCUGUCCUCUUUUUGGUGCUGUUUUUUGGGCUGCUCCCGGGGAGUCGGUGUUCUUCUCGGUUUUUCGAACGCGGGGUCCAUUUUUUAAGCUCCGCCCUUAAAUCUACAAUUAAUUCUACCAUUUUUCAUAGAUUUAACGGCCCGAUGGAUGAAUUUAACGGUGGGUUCUUAAGGCUCCUGCUCCUCUGCCAAUGGUAGAAUUAGCUGUAGAUUUAAAGGGUCUAUUGUAAACCCCCACUACGUCUCUCACUCUUGAGAAAACUGUGAGAACUUGCAGUGUUCACACUUUUUCGGAACUUUGCGGGAGUAUGCGGAGGGUCGGCAGUUGGGCCCAGCAGUUGGGACUUGUGCGCCCGUUCGAAAAACAAAAAGAACAAAAAGAAGAAGAAAAAGAAGAACAAAUACAUCUCAGAGAG